CUUUAUUCUGUCUCUGUCCUCCACUCCCAUCCCUACUUCUGCCAUUGCCCUUUCUCUCUCUACAUCUCUCUCUCCUCCCAUAAACCAAAAUCUCUCUCUCUCUCCAAUACAUACACAUACAUAUAUAUCUAUACCCAUCUUCUUCUCCAUUGCAAAAGAUUCAAGAUUCAAGAUUCAAUUUUUGCAAGAAAGUUCAAGAACUAAGCAAUGGUUGAAAAGCUUUGGAUUUUAAAGCCAUCAAGCCCUACAGUUCAGUGGUGGUUCAAGAUUCUGAUUCUUGCUGUAUUUCUUGGAGUUUUGAUCGUUUGGGGAAUCGACGGUCUCGAUUUCGCCACGUUUCAUCAAGAUUUCGUCGUCAAAAACCUCACUUCCAAUCCUCAAUUCCAAAACCCUAAUUUCAGCCCCAAAAUCGAAAACCCUAAUUCCCAUAAUCAUCCCACACACCAGAGCUUCAAUUUGCCCCAAAUCAAAAACCCUAACCCUAACCCUAAUUCGAAUUACCGAUCCAAGAAAACCCCCAAUUUUGUCAUCCACGAUCAAUCUCCGUCGGAAUUUGGGGCAAAUUAUUCCUCGAAUCUUCUCGCAAACUGGCUGGCCCCUGGCGGUGAGCCCUGUAAAGAUUCGAGAACUUCCGACAUUCGAAUACCUCGAAUUGAUGGCAAUGACGGGACGACGACGAUGAAUUUGACCGCCGGCGAAGUCCAUGAGUUCGUUUUUCAGGCGUUGGAUGAUUCCGGCGAGCCGCAUUGCCUCGGCGGUGACUAUUUCGAGCUCGAUUUGUCGGGGCCGCAGUGGAAGUCCCGGCCGCCGGUGAAGGACUCCGGCGACGGGAACUAUACAUUCUCAUUGCAAGUCCACCCCGAAUUCGCCGCCGGCUACUAUAAUUUGACCAUCGUUUUAUUAUUCCGGCAUUACGAGGGGCUUAAAUUUUCGCCCCCUCGAUUCGUCGUCGAUAAAGUUCUUCGUGCCGUACGUAUCGCAUUCGUCGUAAACGGCGGCACGCCGCCGCCGCCGGAAAUUCGGCGGUGCGCAAAGUCAGAUUUCGACCGCGACGUUUGGUCGGGGCGGUGGACGCGGCACGCGAUUAACGAAUCGUGCGUCGUCGGAAACGACGGGCGGUACCGAUGCCUUGAGCCGAGCCUCCCGUGCGCCCCGCCGUGGUGCGACGGCCCGUUGGGCGCGCUCGAGAGCAACGGUUGGGUCUACUCGGCGCAUUGCGCAUUUAAUUUGUUUACGGUCGACGACGCGUGGAAAUGUUUGCGCGGCCGAUGGAUUUUUUGGUGGGGUGACUCGAACCAUUGCGACACGAUUCGUAACCUGCUUCAGUUUGUGUUGGGCGUGCACGUUUACGACACAAUUCCACGAAUAUUCGACGCGAACAUAACAAACCCAAACGACCCAUCGCAAACAAUACGUUUCACGAGCAUUUUCAACGGGCAUUUUAACCACACGCAAAACUACCAAGGGCUAAACUCGUUGGUCGACGCUGAUUACCGCGAGACGUUGAGACGGUACUUUGCCGGCGACGUCGUUCCCGACGCGGUGAUCAUGAACUCGGGCUUGCACGACGGCGUGUAUUGGAAAAACGUCCGGAAAUUCAUCCGGGGGGCGGAUUUCGUGGCGAGGUUUUGGGCCGAGGUCGUGGACGGGGUCAGGGCGAGGGGGCUUAAGCCCCCCGAGGUCGUGUACCGGACAACGGUGGCGACGGGGGGUUACGCCCGGCAUUUGGCGUUCAAUCCGCAAAAGAUGGAGACGUUCAACGGUGUCGUGUUGGAGAAGCUCCGGCAGCGCGGGAUUCUCGACCGGGUCAUCGACGGCUUCGACAUGACAUUCCCGUGGCACUUCGACAACCGGUGCAACGAUGGCGUGCACUACGGCCGGGUGCCGCUUAAGGCCAAGUGGCGAGAUGGACAAAUCGGGCACCAAUAUUUUGUCGACGUAAUGCUCGGCCACGUGUUGAUCAACGCCGUGUGCGCUCGGUAACACUGAGCGAAACGAGCAGAACUGAGCCGAGCUUUUUUAACACGGAUUGUGUAGUAUUAUGAUUAGUUGAUUUUUUUAAAAAGAAGAAAAAUUUUAGUUAUUAGACAUUUGUGGUACUCUUC